CAACUAGACGUUUCCCACGAUCCUUUGCGGUGACGCAAGAUGGCGGCGCCCACGGAGACCGUGAGCGAUUCGGAGAGCGGUGGCGACAGUAGCAGCGAUGCAGAGGAGUUGGCGCGGUGCCGCGAGGCGGCGAUGCCUGCUUGGGGCUUGGAGCAGCAUCCGCAGAGACCAAGAGCCGGUGCCACAAAUAAUCAGUUGCCAACCUCCCAACCAAGCCUCAGGCAUAAGGUGGAUGAGCACAAGCAAAAUGGCAACGAGCUGCAGACCACCCCCGAAUUCCGAGCCCACAUAGCCAAGAAGCUGGGAGCCCUGCUGGACAACUCCAUUACCAUCUCGGAAGUAAGGAAGCCGCCAAAAAAAGCCGAGGUCCAGAAAGGCAGCUCGGAAGAUGAUGGCUUCCGCCUUUUCUUCACAUCCAUCCCCGGAAGCCCCGAAAAGGAAGCUGCUCCCCAACCCUCCCGGAAGCGACGGCCCGCCAGCUCCAGCAGUGAGGACAGCGACGAGGAGCGGCAGCGGUGCCAGGAGGCGGCUGUGUCAGUCUCCGACAUCCUCCAGGAGUCGGCCAUCCACCGGCCUGUCCAGGAGACAGAGGCAAAGAAGGAGAAGAGAAAGUUGAAAAAGAAAGCCAAGAAGGUGGCCUGUGUCGACCCGGCUGUAGCCACCACCUCCAGGAAUGUGGUCCAGAGCCGGACGGAGGAGUCAGGCAAGCUCAACGGGGACCAGGUGUCACUUGGGAUCAAAAAGAAGAAAAGAAAGAAAAAGGCGAAGAAAGCCAGCGAGACACCUCCAUCCCCACCAGCACAUGGCACAGUGCUCAGGCCUACAAACUGACCCCAGUCUGGGCGCCGGCCCAGCAACUCCAUGGACAAGGUGCCCGCUCACGAGGCGUUGCCCAGCCCCACUCCCUCUCCACGUUCAAGGCCAGCAAGUCCAUACUCUGCCCAGGAGACCCUGAUCGGGACAGGAGCUUGCCCACAAGUCAGCACAAGGCAGUGGUUAUAGGACUGGAUCAGACCUGUGCUACCAGAAUAUUCCAUGGCCUCAGGAAGAAGGAGCUUCCCUUUACUCAAGACCAGUGACCACGAGGUGAAACGUCCAUUUCCCAUGCUGUCCGAAGUGGCCCAGUGGGGACCUUUCUCCUUCUCUCCCCUCAGUCUAGUUUGAAAGCAGUUUAGAAAAUGAGGGAAGGGGUCCCCAAGAUGCCAAAGCCCAGAAAAACUGUUCUUUUCCCUGCAGCCCGCGUACCCUUCAUAGAACAUUGUCUGAAACAAGAAGAGAGAGUUUUCCCCUCCCCGUUUUCCAGAAUUGUCCUUCACAUUUGUGAACCUCCCAUGCUGGUGAUGUCUCUGGGCCAGCUUCAUUACUGAAAAUAAAUUGUCAUGGGCCAGCA